GUGGAGGGAAACGGAGACGGUGGCAGUGGACGGUGGCGGCAGCAGCAUCUCUGGAUCUGUUGCUCUCGAGGCUCCUGGGCUGCGGGAUCGAGUGAUUCUGAGGAGCGCGGGUAGCGGUGGGGGCGCUGGGGCCGCCCUUUCCCGCAGGGGGCGGCGCGGGACGCGAGCGGUUCCACCUGGAGGACGCGACCUCCCGGAGCCACGGGGCGGCAGGACCUGGGAAACGGACCUCUGAAAUGCUCGGGGCGCUGGCGGUGCGAUCUCGGGCAUCCUGAUCGGUGGCGCCAGGCUCCGCCGCCCCAGCGCGUCUCUCUCCCGGCCAGAAGUUUGCCACGCGCCGGCCAAGUUGGAGAGUCUGGAAGCUCCAGGAAGAAGCUCCCCGCUUCUGGCUCCUGCGGUUCCGGGCAUGGCCGGGCUGGGGGCUUCACCCUACAUGUGCUGGUGGCUGAUUCUCGGCAGCAGUCUCCUCGCCCAAGCCCAGCUGGAUUCUGAUGGCACCGUUACCAUCGAGGAGCAGAUCAUCCUGGUUAUGAAAGCGAAAGUGCAAUGUGAGCUCAACAUCACAGCCCAACUCCAGGAGGGAGAAGGUAAUUGUUUCCCAGAAUGGGAUGGACUCAUUUGUUGGCCCAGAGGAACAGUGGGGAAAAUAUCAGCUGUCCCAUGCCCUCCUUAUAUUUAUGACUUCAAUCAUAAAGGAACCGCCUUCCGACACUGCACUCCCAACGGAACAUGGGAUUUUAUUCACAGCUCAAAUAAAACAUGGGCUAAUUAUUCAGAUUGCUUUCUGCAACCAGAUGUCAGCAUAGGAAAGCAGGAGUUCUUCAAAAGCCUCCACAUCUUGUACACUGUGGGCUACUCCAUUUCCUUGGGUUCCUUGGCUGUGGCCAUCCUCAUCAUUGGUUACUUCAGACGAUUGCAUUGCACUAGGAACUAUAUCCACCUGCACUUAUUUGUGUCUUUUAUGCUGAGAGCUAUAAGCAUUUUUGUCAAGGACAGAGUGGCCCAGGCUCACUUGGGAGUAGAAGAGCUGCAGUCCCUGAUAAUGCAGGAUGACCUACACAAUUCCAUUGGAGCACCUUCUGUGGACAAAUCACAAUAUAUCGGGUGCAAGAUUGCUGUUGUGAUGUUUAUUUACUUCUUGGCAACAAACUACUAUUGGAUCCUCGUGGAAGGUCUCUACCUGCAUAAUUUGAUCUUUGUGUCUUUCUUUUCGGACACCAAAUACCUGUGGGGCUUCAUUUUGAUUGGCUGGGGGUUUCCAGUGGCAUUUGUUGUGGCCUGGGCUGUGGUGCGAGCAACUCUGGCUGAUGCCAGGUGCUGGGAACUUAGUGCAGGAGACAGGUGGAUUUAUCAAGCUCCAAUCUUAGCAGCUAUUGGGCUGAAUUUUAUUCUGUUUCUGAACACUGUUAGAGUUCUGGCUACUAAAAUUUGGGAGACUAAUGCAGUCGGGCAUGACAUGAGAAAACAAUACAGGAAACUUGCCAAGUCCACGCUGGUCCUCAUGCUGGUCUUUGGAGUGCAUUACAUCGUGUUCAUCUGCCAGCCCCACUCCUUCACAGGGCUCUGGUGGGAGAUCCGCAUGCACUGUGAGCUCUUCUUCAACUCCUUCCAGGGUUUCUUUGUGUCCAUCAUCUACUGCUACUGCAAUGGAGAGGUUCAGGGAGAGGUGAAGAAGAUGUGGAGUCGGUGGAAUCUGUCCAUGGACUGGAAAAGGACGCCACCAUGUGGCAGCCACAGAUACGGCUCCGUGCUCACCACUGUGACUCAUAGCACCAGCAGCCAUUCCCAGGUGGCUGCCAGCACUCGCCUGGUGCUCCUCUCUGGCAAAACGGCCAAGACAGCCACCCAACAGCCUGACAGCCAUGUAACUUUACCCGGCUAUGUGUGGAGUAACUCGGACCAGGACUGCCUGCCACACUGCAUCCAAGAGGAGACUAAGGAAGGUAUUGAGAGGCAGGGAGAUGAUAUUCCAGCGGAGUCUUCCAGACCAAUGGAAUUUAGUCUAGUCACAGAAGUACGCCAAGGAGAAACCAAGGAUGUUUUCUGAGUCAAUGAUUGUGGCAGCUGGGCAUGGUGGUGCACACCUAUAAUCCCAGCAGCUCAGGAGGCUGAUGCAGGAGGAUCAUGAGUUCAAGGUCAACCUCAAAAAAGGGAGGCUUGCUAAGGAACUCAGUGAGACCCUUUCGCUAUAUAAAAUACAAAAUAGGUCUGGGGAUGUGGUUCAGUGGUCGAGUGCCCCUGAGUUAGAUCCCUGGUACAACCCCUAACAAAAUUCCUCUGCCUGAGCCUGGGCUGAAAGGUUCAGGGUUAAGGUGUUACUUAAUGCUUUCAGGCUCUGUGAGAUGUCUCCUAUGGGCGCAAAAGAUGAAGUGCCAGGGAGGUAGUUACUUUAUUUUGGCAUCAAAUUCUUUUCUAAAUUAAUGUGUGGUACUUGCCCUGUAGUCGUUCAUUUUUCUGCUACGUUUGCAUAUAAAAGGUUUCAAUUGCUUAGCACUAGCUUUCUCUCAUAAAUAUCACCCUAAAUAUGAUAGAGAUCAUUUGAUGUGUAUCAUUAUUUUCCUUGUGAGAAAUUAAUACUCUCUUUUCUCUUUCUCACUUUAUUGUACUUCUGUCAUUACAUUCGUUCUGCCUGUGCAUGGGAGCAGCUAGGAUCUGAAAAAUGCAUGUUGAAAGAUUAAAGAUCUAAGAACAUGUAUGCACUGGAAAUUUAGUUGGCUGGACAUGGAUCAAAUAAUAAAUUUAUAACAGUAAUGAUAGAUUCUUUCCUAGAAACAAGGGAAAUAUUUCAAAAAAGAAUAUUUCAUAUAUCCCUUCUUUUGAAUAUGCUCCUCAUGACCAGCCAAACCUCAGGUCUUCCCUCCUCUUUCUUUGUAAAACACAACAUAUCAAGUGUUUUGCUCAUCUGUAAGCUUGGAUCUGCAAACUGGUUUUGUUUGUACUCACUUAUGUUAGUAAAUUACACUGCAUCUAUAUCUUUUUAUUUUUUGUUGUAUUACAGAUGGCAUUUUGGAUAAAUUAAAAGUUUGUUUUAAAAAUGCA